GCUCCUACGACAACUGCAGCUCCUGCGACAACUGCAGUUCCUACGACAACUGCAGCUACUACGACAACUGCAGCACCUACGACAACUGCAGCACCUACGACAACUGGAGCACCUACUACGACAACUGCAGUGCCUACUACAACAACUGUAGCUCCCACAACAACUACUUCUGCAGCUGCUACGGCAACCUCAACUGCAACACCUUCUACAACUGCAGCUCCUACAACCACUAUGACUGCUGCAGCAACUACUACGACAACCACAACUGCACCUACUGCUACAACCACAACUGCAGAUCCUACUACAACAUCAGUUGUAGUUUCAAGCACUGCAGCAGCUGAACCUGCAACAACUGUAGGUCCUAUUACAACAACUGUUGCUCCUAAAACAGCUACAACUGCAGCAACUACUACAACUGAAGCUAUGACAACAACCACACCUACUACGUCAGCUACAACUGAAGCUCCUACGACCACUACAACGACAACUGCAGCUCCUACUACGACCACUGCAGCGCCUACUACAACUGAAGUUACGACAACAACCACACCUACUAUGACAGCUACAACUGAAGCUCCUACGACCACUACAACGACAACUGCAGCUCCUGCGACAACUGGAGCACCUACUACGACAACUGCAGCACCUACUACGACCACUGCAGCGCCUACUACGACAACUGUAGCUCCCACAACAACUACGUCUGCAGCUCCUGCGACAACUGCAGUUCCUACGACAACUGGAGCACCUACUACGACAACUGCAGCACCUACUACGACCACUGCAGCGCCUACUACAACUGAAGCUACGACAACAACCACACCUUCCACUACAGCUACAACUGACGACAACUGUAGCUCCCACAACAACUACUUCUGCAGCUCCUGCGACAACUGCAGUUCCUACGACAACUGGAGGACCUACUACGACAACUGCAGCACCUACUACGACCACUGCAGCGCCUACUACAACUGA